GCUCGGAGACCUGCCCUGCAGCAGCAGCAGCAGCAUCCGCAGUACCUGGACCACUGCAGGAUAUGUCUCUGCUGAAACAGCGGGGGAGAGAGCUUGAGCGCUUCGACGGACUGUCGCUCAUUUACUGGACUCUAAUGGGUCCAUAUGGAGUUGACAGAGCUGUUCAUUCCAUGGAGUUUACAGACUGUGAAAAUGGCCUAGGAAUUAAAGUGAUUGGUGGAGUGAAAGAGCUAACUGGAGAGGAGUUCGGAGUCUACGUCAAACGGAUUUUACCUGGUGGCCUUGCUGCAGCUGAUGGAAAUCUGUUGCCAGGGGACCAGAUCCUGGAAGUAAACGGGGACACUCUAGUCGGAGUCACAAGUGAAAGAGCUGUGGAUAUCUUAAGAGCAGCCUCUGCAACAAAUCACAUGCGCCUUCUUAUAGCCAGAGAUGAAGAAGCAAAGAGAGAAUUUGCUGAGCUGCUGGAGAAAUAUGGCUCCAAUGGUAGCACAGGAUCAACCCGCAACUCUCCCAUCCAGCAAGGAGGUCGCGUCUUGGACAGUACGUCAUCUGGUUCCUCAUCACGAUCUCAGAGUCCAUUGUUGCUGAGCCCUGCAAACUCCCAGAACAUUUACAAUGGUGGGCCCAUGAUGCGCUCCCUCAGUCAUCCAGGUGAAGGAGUGAUUCAACUCAUUUCUGUAGCACGACUCAGUAGUUUAGGGAUCAUCAUCGGGGGAGGCUCCAACAGGCCUGAUGGCCCUGCUGUGUUCAUCCAGGAGGUGCUGUCUGGAGGUGAUUGUCACAGGAUCUGUGCAGAGGAGCCAGCUCUAGUCUCUUCACCCUCUCCAGACAUCUGUCCUCCAGAUAUUCAUAUUUCAGGUUCUACCAGCCAAAGGUCUCCAACAGAGACAAAACCAAGAAUAACACUUGACCCAUACAUACGGCUCAAAUCAGACAAGUUAGAUUUGGCUUUGUCCUUUCUUGGAUUGGAUGUCAGUGAAGAGAAGAGGAAGAAGCUGAGGCAUAGCCUGACGCCAGAUCCACAAGGCACUGUGGCGUAUGGAGACUUUGUCGAAGCUUCCCAGAACCUCUUCCAGGAGGACCUAGAGGAGUUGGGUUUAGGAUCAGGUCCCUUCACCUUCUCCUAUCAUGAAGCAGCCAGUUUGAUGGACACAUCAGCAUUUCAUUCACCUACUUACGAAUCAGAGUGCAGCUACAGCAGUGAGGAGAUGGAGCAGUUUCAGACUGAGGUGAAGCAGCUGCAGACCCAGAUGAAGCAGCUCAAGGUGAUUCUGAAAGACAUGGAACAGAGCAAAAAAAGCCUGGAGGAGGAGCUGCAUAAGACAUCAGAGAAAGCCUGUUUGACUGUAGAGGAGAACUCCCGUCUGAAGAGUCGCUUGCAAGCAGCUGAGGCUGAGGCAGUGCAGCGUCAGGCCAACAGUGCUGAGCAGGACUAUGAGGAAGUUAUCCAGCUUCUAGAAGCUGAGAUCAGAGACCUGAAGAACCAGCUGGCUGCCAAGAGGCAAGCCUGUGGACCAGAGGCUAAAGAGGAAGUGGUGGAGCUCAGUAGGAAGCUGACCACUGUUGACUCCCAACUGAGGAAGUCAGAGCUAAGCAGGAAACACCUGGAGAUCUCCAACAAGAAGCUGCUGGGCUUCGCUCAGAACGUGCACAAGGUGCUAACUACACCCUGUCGUUUUGGGGAGGAGGGCUGGAGCAACAGGUCAUCUCCAGGCACAGACAGCCCCAGCACCCCAUCACCUAUUCCUGAUCCCGCUUUCCAACUGGCUGUGGAGGCCAAAGAGCUGGUUGAGGGAGUGUGUUCUGUCACUGCUAAUAAAGCGUCAGAUGCCAUAUCAGAUGUCAAUUCUCAAGUAUGAGCUACAGAGAUCUGAAGGACUGAAGGAGGUCCUGCCCCAUCACCAAAGAAGCCCACUGAGCCCAAACCAGUGACGUUCUUCAGCAGUCAGCAGGAUGCGGGAUCACUUCAGCAAACAAUACAGCUUCAGCCAGUCCAGACCCCCCAUUACACAAUGACAGAAGGCAUCUCUGAGCAGACCCCUGCUUGCACACUGCAGCCGAAGUUUUCCCCGGCAUCUCAGCAGCAAACAAUAUUGUUCCUUAUGCAGCAAGUGAUGUUGAUGGCACUGCAUGACCGAGUGCACAACACACGUGCUGCUGUAAACCUUGUUAAUACUGAUGUCUUUUGUAAAGCUACACGCUCACAGGCAGAUUGACUCUAUGUACUGCAUGUGAAGGAGAGCUUUGUUUUUGCUUAGAUGGGACAAUCCAGAGCUAAACCGUCCUCUGUCUCAUCAUCAUCAUCUCCCUGCCAUAUGCUUUAUCUUUCUCCCUGGUUUGUUUGCUAUGCCACAAACAUUACUGUUGAGAAACGUUUAGAAAUAUUAUGUUACCUCUUCUGCCCUUUCUCAUUAGUCAAGGUAGUAGGUAAGGGCGUCAGAGAUCGUGGACCUGAGUGAGGAGUGUCAUCUGCAGCUUCACAUCACUGCAGUGGUUCAUGUUCAUGUUGAUGGAGAGGCUUUACUGCCAACGUAGCGCAAGAUGUGUUACAUAUUGUCAGUGUGAACAGAAACCAGUUAUAGGCGACAUGUGAAACAUUGUUUUAUUUCUGCCAACAGCUGCAAACCCAUUUAUGGAGUGUUAUUGAACUGAACUGCAUCUUUAGUGUGGCCUCAUAUUCUUUAUUAUGUUUUAUAUUAAAGGGAUAAUUGAUGAAUGGA